AUGGCGCUGGGCGACCUGACGGAGCCGUGCGGCGGUCGGGACUGCUCCACCUGUCAGUGUUUCCCAGCCAAAGGAGCAAGGGAGAUCGUGGAGCGUCCGGCCCGCUGCGGACGGUCAGGUGACAAAGGAAUCAGGGGCAGGGAGGGCCCUGCAGGCAGACAAGGAUUCUCAGGGAGAAGAGGACUCAACGGGCCCCCAGGGGAUCCUGGAAACCCUGGCCCUCAGGGUGAAAGCUUCCCCAGUUCUCCUGGCGACCGAGGCCUCCCUGGACUCUCAGGACCAAAGGGACUAUCAGGACCUUCAGGUGCCCCAGGACUAAGUGUAGUUGGAGCAAUAGGACAGCGUGGGACCCCUGGAGAGCCAGGUCCUCCUGGAUUCCCUGGCCCCCCAGGGCCAAAGGGGGUUAGAGGUGUUACUCUGCCCUGUGUACCCAGAAAUCCCGGCGCCCCUGGACAGAAGGGAGACACUGGAGAUAUAGGUUACACAGGACUCCCGGGUCCUCCAGGUUUUCGUGGCAUCACUGGACCUGAUGGAGUUAAAGGAGACAAAGGACGGUCUGGACUUCUUGGACCACCUGGACGACAAGGACCUCCAGGUUAUGUUGGAGAGACCGGAGACGAAGGACCCGAAGGCUUCAGUUAUGGUGGAGAUCCAGGCUCUCCAGGUAUCCCUGGCCCCUCCGGACUCAGGGGCCCAGCAGGAAAUUCUGAUGUUGGGCCCUCUGGACCCAUCGGCUUUCCAGGGGCACCGGGCUCUCCAGGACCUAAAGGAGUGCCUGGGUCCCCCGGGAACAACGGACUACAAGGAGUCCUGGGUCUGGCUGGGGGCCCCGGAGAGAAGGGCCAGAGAGGACAGGAUGGGGCCCCAGGUAAACCUGGCCCCCAGGGGCCUAUAUCUGUCCUUUGUGAUUCGGGAAAGCCUGGUUCCAGGGGCCUUUUUGGCCCUCAGGGACCCAUUGGACCCCCAGGUUUCGUUGGGCAGAAAGGUGAUGUCGGUAACCAGGGUCCUCCAGGUUUUGGCCCUCCAGGCCCUGUAGGUACCAUGGGCUCUCCAGGUCUCCCGGGGUACCAGGGGCACCAGGGCCCCUCUGGCCCCACUGGAGACUCAGGACUGCCGGGGCCCAACGGUCAGAAAGGUCUGAUGGGGCCCCAGGGCCAGAACGGAGGGCCAGGGGCAACUGGACAGACUGGAGCUCCUGGAGCUUCGGGGAGGAGGGGGGACAAUGGGUUCAAUGGACAAGACGGAGCUCCAGGAUGUGAGGGCCCAAAAGGAGUGAAAGGCUGUACAGGGCCCCCGGGGCCUCCAGGGGAUUACAGGUGUACCCCCAUCAAAGGAGUAACAGGAAAUCCAGGACCCAGUGGCAACAACGGCUUUCCUGGACCACGAGGAAGUAAAGGUGUCCGAGGAGUUACCGGUAAGCCGGGGUAUCCAGGAAGCAAUGGACCCCUUGGCAUCAUAGGUCUCCCAGGACCCACUGGGCCCUACGGCAAGCCAGGACCUCCUGGACCACCUGGACCUCAAGGACCUCCAGGAUUAAUCGGCUUUCCUGGACAAACCGGAGAUCCAGGGGACCCGGGAUGUCCGGGAAAACCUGGAAGACCCGGUCCCCAAGGAUGUCCUGGACCCAAAGGUCAUAUUGGAGAGUCUGUCGGUUGUUAUGGUUCACCUGGAGACAGGGGGCCUCCUGGAGAGUCUGGGCCCUCAGGUGAUGAUCGGGUUCUGGUUUUGCGGCAGAAAUUUGUAGGAAACAGGAAGAUAAGAAGAUAAGAUGAUCAGCAGCUUGAACCUGAAUUUACAAACAGUAAAAUAACAAAUGACUGUGUUAAAUUGGGGUGUGAAGAGACACUUUUUAGCA